UCUCCACCCGGCAGUCCGGAUCUGUGGUUCUUGGAUUUCGUCCCAUCGGAUUUGCCCUGGCGGCCCGCUUGAUCGAUCCUGCAGAGAUGCUCUCUGCCCUCCGUUGCCGGCUCGGUGCAAACCCAGCGCUUGCCCGGCGACUCGUUCAUUCCACCAUCGUUACCGAUCCCAAAAAUGCGCCGUCUCUGCGGCCGACCCCUCUUCUGUUUUUGAGCGGCCCUAUCCUGGACAAGACAUGCUGGCAGCACCAUAUGCAGCCCAUCUUUGAGCGACACGGCUACAGCACCAUACUCGCCGAUAUCGAUCCCCCUUUGCCAGAUGCGACUGGCAACACCAAUCUCGUCGACUAUUCGGUUGCAGAGCUGGCCAAGAUCGCUCGGGCAGCAGACUUUCCCCCGGCCAUUAUCGCACACGGCAUCCACUCUCUGACGCUGCUCCAUUUCCUCGAGUCGCACCCUGCUCGAGCUGCCAUUCUCCUCAACCCGUUCCCUCUGCCAUCGGCUCAGCCGCUUACUUCCUCAGCGCCGGCAACAGUCCAAACCGCCGUCGAGGAGUGCGUCAGGGCCGUCGCCCACCACCCGCUCCGGCCCAAGUUGUCGUCCUGGGUCACCAGCCACGGCAGCCAACCAAGCUGUUCGGCUGCGUUCGAUCUGCUCGCAGCAUUCCAUUCUCGCCCGCUGCUGCUCGAGCCGCAGAGCCUGAGUCGGUUCCCGUUUCUGGCGAUCGGAUAUGGAUCGACACAGGGCGACGGGCUCGUGCCAGGUGGCACUCUGUCACAGUAUCAGGACCGAUUCGACUGCGACACGGCCGACCUGGCCGACGAAAUGGGGUUGGUGGAGGGUGGCAUCCCGCACUUUGUGCAGCUCGACGAAAACCUCUCUGUGGCCUGUGCCCGAUCGAUUAUCGAGUGGCUGGAUGGAUACAAUCUCUGAACAGACUUGCUUCGUAAUACACGUCUCGUCGCUGGGUGCCCAGUGCACCCCCGAUCGCAAUCUGAUG